AUGGCGCCGGGAAAGAGUCGGCAGAAAGACAGCAAGAUUGGCGAUGUGGCAGUGAAAGAUGAAGCUGCCCUCGCGUUGAGAAAGGACGGCUCGAUCGAGAUCCGCGUGCACGCGAAGCCGGGCGCUAAAGUGAGCAAAGUGACUGAUGUGGGCGCCGAGCAGAUAGGCGUGUCGAUCGCCGCCCCACCACGCGACGGCGAGGCCAACGAGGAGCUGAUCCGCCAUCUUCGACAAGUGCUCGGCGUCGCGAAGAGCGAGAUUAACUUUGAUAAGGGCGCCAAGUCUCGAUCGAAGGUGAUCGUCGUCUCCUCAAAGCAGCAGCUCACCAUCGAGCAAGUCAUCGAAAAGCUAAAGGCCGACGCCAAU